GAUGAGUCCCGCCCGGGAGGUGGUGUAAAGGUGCCUGGGCGUCUGGGUUCCCCAGUUUCCUCCUUGCCUCGUCCCCAGGUCAGGGAUCCUUGGCAGCCGGGAGCCAGGCUCUCCACUUGCCCUGUGGGCUGUGGAAGGGGGGUGUGUCUCCGUAAGACAGCGGUGGAGGAUCUUCCCUGGACGCCUUCUCCGGCUCCUUCCCGUGGCCUGGGGUGAGGGUCCUGCCUCCCUCCGCCUGCCCCGGGCUGAGGGCGGUGAAGUUGUUUAAGAUCCUUCCGUAGCGGUGGGCUGCAGGGAAGCCCCGAACAUGUGGAAUCCCAAUGCCGGACAGCCAGGGCCGCAUCCAUAUCCCCCUAACGUCGCGUACCCUGGAGGUGCCAAUCCUGCCCAUCCGCCACCUGUGAAUCCCGCCUAUCCCCCGGGCCCCUAUCCAACUCCCCCAGGGGCUCCCCAGGGGAAUCCAGCUUUUCCCCCCGGCGGGCCCCCUUAUCCUGCGCCACAACCAGGGUACCCCGGAUGCCAACCCACGGGUCCCUACCCACCUCCUUACCCACCACCUGUUCCUGGCACGCCUCUUGUGAAUCCCUUGCCACCUGGCAUGGGGGGACCGGGAAUGGUGAUGGACAAGAAGAUGCGGAAGAAAAUGAAGAAAGCUCAUAAAAAGACGCACAAACACCACAAGCAUGGCAAGCAUUCCUCCUCCUCCUCCUCCUCUUCCAGCAGUGACUCUGACUGAAUACAGGGUCUGGACCCUUCCCUCAAGCCUCUCCAGUUCUGCUCUCCCAUCAAGCUUCAAAUGGCAUCUUGUACAGGGGAAAAUUAGCCCUUGUGCCCCUUCUCCCUCACCCCCUACUCUGAGCCUUUCUCUGCUGUUCAGCCCUAACUGGCUAGGGAAAAUGGGCCAAAGAAUUGCCACGGGCUAGCAAAGACCAUCUUCUAACUACUUGGAACGACCUUUUAGCUGAUGAGCUUAGCAGGAGAACUAUUUUUUUGAGGCUGAUGAGACCUUUGAGCUAAAUGCUGAAGAUGAGUUUAAGAUCUGUAAAAUGAGAUUUUUUUAACUUUCUUUUGUAAUACUUGUAGUUGGGAGGGGUUGUGGAAAUUUAAUUACGGAAGAAAAGAAACUGUGCCGUUUUGUAAUGGUGGCUGGCAUACUUUGGUGAUUUAGUGGCAAAUAGAUUUCCCACCAGCCUCUAUUGAUUGUACUAACUGUAAGCCUGCUGGGAGGUGGAGUCCAUUUGGUUCAUAAGCUCUACCUGCCGGUUUGGAAUCUAAUCUCACUUCUUAGCUCAGUAGGCUGGCUCAGGGCCUUCUCAUUCUCCAGCUCUCAGCCCAAAUAAAACUUUUUUUUUCCUGG